AAAGAACAGCAGUGACACUCCAACGACGCGAGCAGGUUCCUCAGUUAACAGUACUGAUGAUUCCCACGGUUCAUUGUAUAGGAAAAAGAUCAAUGAUAGUGUUUCUGUGCUAGACUGUGCAUUAACGACCUUUAACAACACUAUAUGUUGCAAUGUCUGUGUCUGUUACCAGUCAGCCGGUGGUAAAAAAGAAGCAGGUUCGGUUUGCUAGCAUGGAGGAUGACGAUGAUAACGAUGAUCAAGAGGAGGAUACACUGUUUGACAAGAGGAAAGACGUCAGGAAAGGUUUUAAAAGUAUGAUAAAAAGUAAUGUGAACAAGAAGCUAGCGAGUGCGGGAUUCGAUAGCGUUAAAAUAAUAAGUGGUGGUCGGGGAGCCAACGACCCCGGGGUUUGUGGACGCUGGAUGAUCACUUUAACACUUUGUGCAUCUUUCCUUGGACUGGGAAUGUGCAUCUCUGUACUUGGUCCUACACUGGGGGACUUGGCCAACAACGUCAAUAAGAACAUCAGUAAUAUUUCCUAUAUCUUUGUGGGUCGCUCAGUUGGAUACAUUGGGGGCUCCCUUCUUGGAGGGAUCCUCUUUGACUGCAUGAACCCCCACCUACUUUUAGGAUUCUCCAUGUUGGUCACAGCAUUUGGGAUGAUUGCCAUCCCCUUCUGCAAAAAGGCCCUCUUCCUUACAGCCUUAAUGUCCUGUGUUGGCAUUUCCAUGGGCUUUUUAGACACAGGUGGUAAUGUCCUGAUCCUGAACAUCUGGGGCAGCCAGGCAGGGCCUCACAUGCAGGCCUUGCACUUCAGCUUCGCCGCAGGGGCCUUCGUCUCGCCCAUCAUCGCCAAGCUGGUGUUUGGCAAGGACCACGCCAAGGCGGCCAACGACACAGUGGAGGCUUCCUCGCCCCUCGCCGAUAGAGUGGCCCAGACCCUGAGCUCGGCGCUGCACAUCUCACAGGGGCCCAUGUACGCGUACUUUGUGAUCGGGGCCUUGAUCCUGCUCAUCUCUCUGGCCUUCUUCAUCCUCUACUCCUGCGGCACGCCCUCCAGAGACAGAUCGCACUCGGAAUCCGGGGCGCCCCUGGUUGCUAAGCAACACACCACCCUCGUCUGUCUCCUCGCCAUCUUCUUUUUCUGGUACGUGGGCGCCGAGGUGGCGUACGGCUCCUUCAUCUUCACCUACGCGAAGGACUACGCGCGCAUGAACCAGGCCGAGGCGGCGGGCCUCAACUCGCUGUUCUGGGGCACGUUCGCCGCCACCCGCGGGCUGGCCAUCUUCUUUGCGGCCUGCAUGUACCCUGGCACCAUGAUCCUGCUCAACUUGGUGGGCUGCACCUUGUCGUCGCUGCUGCUCACCCUCUUCAACACGAGCAGCCUGGCGCUGUGGUCCUGCACGGCGCUCUACGGCGCCUCCAUGGCCACCACCUUCCCCAGCGGCCUCUCUUGGCUGGAGCAGUACACGGCGGUGACGGGCCGUGCGGCAGCGGUCUUUGUGGUGGGGGCAGCGCUGGGCGAGAUGGUGCUGCCCGCCGUCAUGGGCUUCCUGCUGGGCAAGCCGUCCCUGCGGCAGCACCCGCUGCUCAUGCUGCUGGCCCUGACCACGGCCACCAUCACCUCCAUCCUCUUCCCCGUCAUGUACAAGCUGGCCGCCGCACCCACCACGCCCGGGAAGAGGCCACGCGUGAGGGGCAGGGAGUCGGACGACAACGAGUUUCGCCAGGCCCUGCUGGACUCUGGUGCCAAUGAUGAUGAUGAUUAUGAUGAUGAAGAGGUGGCUGAGAACGACGAAGAAGCCGACCACUGGAAUGACGCAGACUUUGAGGUCAUCGAGAUGGAUGACGCCAGCCUCAUGAACUCCCCGAACAAGGUGGUGUCGCCUCCAGACGUGACUAUGAGCUCAGCAGCUGCCCCCAGCAUCGACCCCUUCAGCCUGCCUACACUGUCCGAAUCCCCGAGCAAAUAUGAAACCAGCUCCCCCCGUAGGAAACUACUGGUCACUCUUGACAGGGAAAAGAAUGAUUGAAUCCCACUACCAGAGACUGCUGGAUUGCCAAUUCAGGUGAAAAAGGACUGAGAGCAGUCAGUUUUUGUGAGCAUUCUGUGAUUUAUUUUUUCAGCGACAUGAAUGUUUUGUUUGUUGAUGUCUGUCCCUGCACGUUGACACUCCUGAAUCGUUUCACUAAUUUCUAGUUGACACUUUUAAAACAAUGGUCCCACAUCCAAUCAUCUCAUUAGAAUGCUGACUGAAGUUUAUUUUUUACAUGUGAUCUGUAUUUAUAAACACAGAGACCAAUGAGCCUGUUCUUGGUAACACAGUCCAUUAGAAUUGGAGCUGGAAAAAUGACUGACUACAGAAUAUCAGAGGUUUACAUUGGCUCAUCUGGACAAUAGAUAAUGAAAUGAGUCAUGGUGAAGGAAUCAAUAUUGACCUGUCCUGGAUGUUAGGCAGAAUGUAUGUAUUUCAGGGUUCAGAGGCCCAUUAAUUUUGAUGGAAUGAUUUUCAGCUUUACUUACUUUUUUAUUGAUUUACUUAUUUAUUGAUUUACAAAAGGCACAGAAGCCGAUGCGAAGUGGCUUCACUAAACUGACAUGAGCAUAGUGCAUUAUAACUAUAAUCAAACUCCCAAGCGCACUAACCGAAUGGAGUGCUGUUGUAGAGUAGGAUCCUGUUCCUUAUUUGUGCUUGACCUACCAUAAUAAUGCUCAUGCUACAGUGUACAGGUGUACGGUUUGCUUUAGGCAGUGAUGAAACUAUAGUUAGUAUGGUAUGCUACUAAACUUUAACCUGAUUCUCGCCAGAUGAAUUUCGUUCCGCCUAGCUCCACUCACAUCCAUCUGGGAUCGCUUCCGUUGAGAGUGAUUUCGGCACCAGAUUGUAUGGUAGAGCCAAUCAGGACGCAGGGCUGGAGUUUUAUAGAUGUGACGUAACGUAGAAGCGACUGUGAGACUGUUCUCAGCGUCACGGGUUGGCUUCGAUGUGAGUGGUUGAAGUAGCACGUGGUGAUGAGUGGAGCUAGACGGAACGAAAUUCAUCUGGUGAGUCAGGUUAACUAAACUUUGCCAGAAAAAUACGGCAGACGUAGGUCAAGCACACACCUGUGAAGGUAGGUCAGUAAAUAAUUGUGCUACCUAACCAGUAUAGUACCUUUUUAUUUAAUCCAAAUCUGGCCAAACAGCUGGUGUUUUGAUUUACCAGCUCAUAAUCAUUUAGUAGGUUAUAUGUAAGGGAUAAUGUAUAGAACGCUGGUCAUUAUUGGGAAAAUAAGUCCCGACAGGGCGAACCGGACUCCCGACGCGCAGCAGAGGAAUUGAGAAUUAGCAGACCACCGAACGUUGGGAAGGCCCAUUUAAGUGAAUGGAGCAUUCUUCAGCAUUAUGAAGAGCCGUGUAAUAAUGCUUUGCUAAAACAUGAUGAAAACGAAGCAGUGCUGUGUGACCCGCAUCCUGUUUUCAAGCCACUGCCUUCUUACAAACACUACAGUACAUCAGAACAAAUCAUCAAAGGAGCCCCUUCUACAGUUCCUGGUGAUUGUUAUUAUGAAGCAAAGGUAUGUUUGGGCAUUUUGUGAUUAUGUGACUAUUUGUGAUUAUUUAAUAGAAAUUAGUGUUUUAUCUGCAAAAAUACAGAUUUAAUGAUCCAUGAUCCAUUUUUUUAUGUCUUGCCCUUUUGCACUUUACCCAUUUCAAAUUAUAUUACUUUAAGACACAAAUCAGAGUUGUUCAAUGUUGUAAUUAUUGUAUUUGAAUUUCAUGCCAGACUGUGUUUGCCCCUCUGAUUUUUUAAUUAAAGGACUAUUGAGCCAUAUUUCA